AUGAUUAAUGAGGUUGAUAAGGUUGAAAUGUUACUUGAUCCAGAAGAAGAGCGCUUUGUGCUAUUUCCCAUCAGGUACCACGAUGUCUGGGAAAUGUACAAGAAAGCAGUAAGCUCAUUCUGGACAGUUGAGGAGGUAGACCUUACUGGAGAUAUCAAGGACUGGAAUAAUCUAAGUGCAAACGAAAGACAUUUUAUAUCACACAUCAUUGCGUUUUUUGCAGCAUCAGAUGGAAUAGUGAACCUCAAUCUUGUGGAAAGGUUUUCUAAUGAGGUGAAAAUGCUUGAAGCAAGACUUUUCUAUGGAUUCCAGGUGGCAAUAGAAAACAUUCACAGCGAGAUGUACAGUUUAUUGAUUGACACUUACAUUAGCGAUCCAGCUGAAAAGGAAUUCCUGUUUGAUGCAAUAAAGACAAUUCCAGCGAUCCAGUUGAAAGCAGAAUGGGCAAUGAAGUGGAUAUCUGACAAAGACUCCACAUUUGCAACCAGGCUUGUUGCAUUUGCAUGUGUUGAAGGAAUCUUCUUUUCUGGAGCAUUUGCAUCGAUAUUCUGGCUGAAGAAGAAAGGAUUGAUGCCUGGCCUGACAUUUUCUAACGAGCUGAUCAGUAGAGACGAAGGACUGCACUGUGACUUUGCAUGCAUGUUACACACAUAUCUCAACUCUAAGUGUGAGUGUAUUGUUGAGAUUGUGAAGGAAGCAGUGGACAUAGAAAAGACGUUUUUGGGGAGUUGUCUACCCGUGAGCCUGAUAGGGAUGAACUGCAACUUAAUGUGUGAGUAUAUAGAGUUUGUGGCUGACAGACUUCUUGUUAAUCUUGGAGAGCCAAAAAUAUACAACACAACAAAUCCGUUUGAUUUCAUGGAAAAUAUCUCACUUGUUGGAAAGACAAACUUCUUUGAUAAGCGCGAGUCACAGUAUCAAAAGGCAUUUGUUGGGAUACGAAAUGGAAAUGAUUCAUUUAGUAUUCAUUCAGAUUUUUAG